AUGGCAGAUAUGGCAGCCCUGAACAAAGACUACCCUCUGACGGGUGUAGUCAUUUGCUUUACGUCAGUUCAAAUUGAGCAACGGACUCAACUGACCCAAAUGGCGGAACAAAUGGGCGCGAUGCACAGUGUCCACCUUACCUCGGAUGUAACUCAUUUACUCGUGGGUGAUACAAACAGUGACAAGUACCGAUUUGUCGCAAGAGAACGAAAUGACGUGGUGGCUAUGAACCCAGACUGGAUCGAGGCUGUUCGAGAGUCGUGGACAAAGGGCGAGGAUAUAGACAUCCACGCGCUGGAAAUCCAAUAUAAAUUGUCCACGUUACAUGGACUCAAGAUUUGCAUCACUGGAUUUUCAGAUCUUCCCUUCCGUUCAUACAUGCAGAAGACCACAGAAGAGAAUGGCGCUGAAUACCGAAAAGACCUGACCAAAUCCGUGACCCAUCUUAUUGCGCGCAACUCGGAGGGCGAGAAGUAUAAAUUCGCAACACAAUGGAACAUCAAAGUCGUUUCAGUCAAGUGGUUUACAGACAGUAUCGAGCGUGGAAUGAUCCUCGGCGAAGAGAGGUAUCACCCGCUGGUUCCACCAGCUGAACAAGGUCUAGGCUCAUGGAAUCGAACCGCGCCAAUGGAGAGAGAGCCAUCUAAAAAGGACAACCCUGCCACAAACGAAAAUCCUAUGAACCCACGACCUAGAAAACUACGCAGGAUCGCAAGUACCAAACUUGUGGACCAGAACGAAAGCAUCUGGGGAGAUAUCGUGGGAACGGGAUUCGACAAUAUUCAAGCAAAUGGACCAAGAACAACACCCCACAGACGAGGCUCCGAGGGUCCCAAACCUGUCAUACAGGCAUAUCAGUCAUUUGCCAGUGAAACCACAUUCUCUGAGAAUAUGGAGACUAGCCAGAAGCCCGCGAAACCCUCAAAAGACAAUGGGUUCUUACACGAGACGUACUUUUUCAUCAAAGGAUUCUCUACCAAACAGACAAGCGUUCUGCGGGAUCAUCUCACCUAUAACGGGGCCCAACUCGUGAACUCGCUGAGUGAGUUUUCUAGCCCUAGAAUCCCAAAGACAGGGCAUGGGCUAUACAUCAUGGUGCCAUACCAAACCCCCAGGUCAGACAUCCCUUCAACGGAUGAUUUGGCAUUUGAAUGUGAGGUUGUCACUGAAAUGUGGUUGGAAAGAUGCAUCGGAACAAAGGCUUUUGUCCCACCGGAGUCCCAUGUUGCAAGCACACCUUUCCCGAAGUUUCCCAUACCAGGAUUCUCGGGAAUGCGGGUAUGCUCUACUGGCUUUGGAGGCAUCGAUCUUCUACAUGUGCGCAAACUGGUUGUAUUAAUGGGCGCCACUUAUGGUGAUUACCUCACAGAGAAAGCAUCAAUUCUCAUUUGCAACGAUCCUCAAACAGCGAGUUUAGACAAACUGCGACACACUGCUGAAUGGGGAGUUCCGGCAGUGUCCGCCGACUGGCUUUGGAUAUCUAUACAAACUGGCCAGAAGAAGCCAUUUGAGCCAUAUCUUGUUCGACGUGGAACAUCUCAAAAUUCUAGCAGCGCAGGUAAAUCUACAGCGGCAUCUGCAAAGCGAAAACAGCCCCUUGACGACAGUGAACAACGAGAGAGUAUUCCACCUAACCUUUCCACCAUAUCAACAAAACUCAACAUCGAGAAGCGAGGUUUGAAGAGGACCGAUUCAAGCCGAACAGUGCCAGUCAUUGGCGAUGGCUUCGAAGAUGACGCCCCGAAACCUUCAGUCCCAGAAUCCCGCUCUCCAUCCCCAGAAAAUGCACCCGACAAGCCAACGACAGAGGAAGGGAACUCAAGACAACCAACGCCAAGUGCAGACCCAGCACCAGCAGCGGGCCCAUCGGCACUCGACACAGCCCUAAGUGGACUCCUCCAACAAGCCCGAGCAGCGAAGUCACGCCAACAAUCCGAAAGCACACCAACAAACGAAGACGGUAGCUUCCCACAGCCGCGAAAGCGCAAACCCCUGCUCGGCCGCGCCUCCUCAAAUCGAAUGCUAGAUGGCCCGUCGGCCGUUUCACGUGCCAGCUCAGUCGACACACUAAAUGAUGACGGGUUGGGCAGCGCAAUUGAGAGCGCUAACCCCACACGAGACAACUCGAUAUCUCGGAGCAACAGCCGCGUCGAACAGAGUCUAUCGUCAAUGCUCAGUGGUGGGAAUUUCGAUUUCCUUCAUGAUCGACCGGUGCAUAUGCAGGAAGAUGAGGAAAACCAGGAACCGCAAAUGACACAGCUGGAUUAUGAGGAUCCCGAUGCUGCAGCUAUGAGGGCCCAGUUCCUGAAAAAUGCUGGCAAGGUGUCCAAUAAGAAAAAUGAUAGGGCCGGUGUGCUUGUGGGGGAGGUACGGGAAUUGGAGGAUAUUGGAUGGGCAUCUGGACGGAGAACGAGGAAGCAGCCUGUUAAACUUGAUGAUGAUGAGUGA